AGGUCGUCGAAGGUGCAGAUCAGACACUGCAUCAGCCGUCGGGGUGUGAAGAACGACGGAGGCAGAAGAGAAGGAGAAAGAAGUCUUCAGAUAUGGUGGAUGUUCGGUUACAGUAGGCGCCUCAUGAGGUCCGGAUCCUGCGGGGGACACAAGAAGCUUCACACAUCCUCCGUCCUCCUCGCCGCCGCCACACGACUGUCCCCUCCAAUCAGUGUUUGCCCACAAGCGUUGAUGAACCAUGGACUUCUCCUGGGUCCUGCUGGUCCUGGCGGUCGCCGUCUUCGUCUCCAUGGUGGUCCUGGCCAUCGUCUGUCUGGACUGCAGGAACAGCGGCCCGCAGGUCUCUAUCAGGCAAGCUUCAGAGAUUUACAUGCCCUCCACUGAUUUCAGGGUCAUCCAUUCAGCUCAACAAACCACAGAUGUGAGCUCCAUCCAUUCCCCCUCCACCCUGCUGUCACCUUUCCCACAUUCUUCUGAUCCUGGAACUCAGCGUCGACAGCGAUCUGUGACGCCGACCGAAACUGAAAGUAUUCCGAGUUACGAGAAUUCACCAGAUGUACCUAAUUAUGUAAACCCUGGGAGCUACACAGACCCAGACUACAUAUUAGUUUUGGCCGAUGGUGAAGCUCCUCCGAACAAUCCGAGCCGAGCCUCAACGCACAGUUCAGAUACUCAACAUGAUUACGAGAAUGUCCAAGGUGAGUUGGCUCAUAUGUCGCUGAAGGAUGAUGAUGAUGAUGAUGAUGAGGAUGAAGAUGAUGGGACUGGAGACUAUCUGAAUGUGGACGCGCUGCACACAGAAACACCUGGAGAAUCGUCUCAGAGUGAGAGCGAUGAUGAAGAUGGUGGGAACUACGUCAACCAACCACCACUGAUGAAGAGCUAG